AUGCCAUCUAACUACGUUAUCCUCGGCGCAGGCGUCAUAGGCCUAACCACCGCCCUCGAACUCCGCUCCCGCUACCCCCACUCCACCAUCACCAUCGUCGCGAGAUUCCUCCCCGGCGACCGCGAUGCCACCUACACCUCUCCCUGGGCAGNNGGAGCAAACUGGCUCUCCGUCGCCACCGACAACGGGCGCCAAGAAUCCUGGGACCGUGUUACAUAUCUGAAGUUCAAAGAGCUUGCUGCUAGGUUUGUUGAGGUGGGUGUCUAUGAUAUGCCUAUCACUGCCAUUUACGAUUCUGUGAUUGAGGAUGCGGGCGUGUUGAGUACGGGCACGGGAAAGAUCUGGUAUGAGGAUUUGGUGGGGGGUGUGAGGAUGCUUGAGAGAGAUGAAUUGCCAGAGGGAGCAAAGUUUGGAUGUGAUCUUAAGACUUUUGUUGUGGAUACACAGGUAUAUCUUCCUUGCAUCGCAGAAACUUAUAACGGAAUUCCAAAAGGUNUACAAGGGGAAGUGAAACGUCAAGGCAUCGAGAUCAGAAGAGGCAUGUUUGACUCUAUUGACGAGUUGUUCACCGCCUUCUCAUCCGCGACUGCGUACUUCAACUGCACAGGCUUGGGUGCCUACUCAUUGAAGGGCGUAGAAGACAAGAGCGUCUAUCCGACAAGAGUAUGUGCAUACGCCUCUGACUCAACACAAGGAACACAAAACUCAUCAGGGAACAGGNGCCAAAUCAUGCUCGUCGAAAGCCCAAAAACUCCCAUGACGAGGAUGUACUUCCGCUCACCGCAAAGAGUAAACAAAGAUACUACCUACGUCUUCCCACGUGGUCCCCACAAUGGCGUCGUGCUAGGCGGAGUUCGUCUUGACAACGACUGGAGCGGAGAUGUUGAUCUUGAAUUUGCUGAGGACAUCAAGAGACGCUGCUGCGCUCUAGCUCCUGAACUGGGCAAGCCGGAAGACCUCAAAGUGAUUUAUCAUGGUGUUGGUCUGAGACGUAAGUUUGCUGCCUUCCAAUAUGGUUGGUGUACAAAGCUGACAGAAUGCAACANNGCAAGCAGAAAGGGCGGUGCCAGACUGGAGAGAGAAAAGUUUGGCGAGAAUUUGGUCAUUCACAACUACGGUGCUGGUGGUGCAGGAUACCAAGCUUCA